AUGCCCUUCACUUGUGAUGCACGCGGUGUCCAGGGGAACUCAGUUCCCUACAUGUGCUCAAAUUGCAAACUUUUGGUCCAUCAGAAAUGCAUUUCAUUGCCAGCCAUCGUCAAAUUCGUUGGGCACGAACACCCUCUUCUUCACUCCUAUUUCAUUAGAAGAGAUGACUCCGACUCAAAGAAUUGGGAUUGUGUAGUUUGCCUUGAUGAGGUGAAUACCAAGUAUGGGAGUUAUCAUUGUUCAGAGCGUCAUUUUACUGUUCACGUGAAUUGUGCUGCGAUGGAGGAAGAUCUAUAUUCAGUAAUAGAGUCGGUUGAAAAGCUCUAUGAGAACCGAAUAUCAUCCGAAGGUUCUUAUAUUGUCAUUGAAAGAAACCAAGAUGAAGAAGCCAUUAAGAUCAAGCAUUUCAGUCAUGAACAUAACUUAAUGUUAGGUGAUAAGAUCCUAGAGAAUGAUGAGUUAGGAAAUGAGUGGGCUAUACACAUGCAAGAUUUGCAAAUUUACUUCAUGUUUUGA